CUCUCUUCUCACUUCUGGUAUGGAACAAUUACAGUCGUCUCUUUCGUCUCUCAAAAAUCAAAAUCUUCACUUCCCACAUGUGGGCUUGUCUCGUCCACUCGAAUCUAAUUAAAUCAAUCCACUUGUUUUUUAUUUUAAUUCUUUAUAUAUUAUAUUAAAGUUUGUAUUUUUAAUACUUCUUUUGUUGUAAUUGUUACAUACACUCAAAAAUCUCUGGGCGGAGAAAAAAGAGGAGAGUCAGGCUUUAUUGCUUCUUCAUGUGAAAAAAGCUUGAAGGCAGCUUUGAUAGAUACUCCAAAAGUCUUUUUAGAGCUUAGAGAAUGAUGAUGACGUCGUGUCGGAACAUAGACUUGGGUACGAGUGUGCUUGAUCUGAUCUCAUGUGGCUGUGGUCGUCGUCAGUUUCUCUUAGGCAACUUUCCCAAGUCUGUUUGUACGGCGAGAAGCUACGGCGGCGGCGGAGGGAAUCUUGUGUUUCUCCGGCGUGACUUGGGGAGGAGUUGCAGAGCUGUUCCGACAAAACCCAAAGAGAUCUCUUUGGUCAACGGAAUAGGUGAAGCCAAAACGGUGAGUUUUGAUUUGAGGCAAGAGACCUCAAAGCAGCCUAUCUCAUUGUCGAGUCUGUUUGAGGUUGUAGCUGAUGAUCUGCAGACGUUGAAUGACAAUCUUUUAUCGAUUGUGGGUGCAGAGAAUCCGGUUUUGAUAUCUGCAGCUGAGCAAAUCUUCGGAGCUGGUGGUAAAAGAAUGAGACCCGGUUUGGUGUUCCUCGUAUCACGAGCCACUGCAGAGCUAGCUGGCCUUAAGGAACUUACAACGGAACAUAGGCGUUUGGGUGAGAUCAUUGAGAUGAUUCACACUGCGAGCUUGAUACAUGAUGAUGUGUUAGAUGAGAGUGAUAUGCGCAGAGGAAAGGAAACAGUUCACGAACUAUUUGGCACAAGAGUAGCUGUAUUAGCUGGUGAUUUCAUGUUUGCUCAAGCAUCAUGGUACUUAGCCAACCUCGAGAACCUUGAAGUUAUCAAGCUCAUAAGUCAGGUGAUCAAAGACUUUGCUAGCGGAGAGAUAAAGCAAGCGUCGAGUCUGUUUGACUGUGACGUUACGCUACAAGACUACUUGCUCAAGAGUUACUACAAGACAGCCUCGCUGGUGGCUGCAAGCACCAAAGGAGCCGCCAUCUUCAGCAGAGUCCAGACCGAUGUGACAGAGCAAAUGUAUGAGUUCGGGAAGAAUCUCGGCCUCUCUUUCCAAGUAGUCGACGACAUUUUGGACUUCACUCAGUCGUCAGAGCAGCUAGGGAAGCCAGCAGGGAGUGAUUUGGGUAAAGGUAACUUAACCGCGCCUGUGAUUUUCGCGCUGGAGAAGGAGCCGAGGUUGAGAGAGAUAAUAGAGUCUGAGUUUUGUGAGGAGGGUUCGCUGGAAGAAGCCAUCGAGUUGGUGAGAGAAGGUGGUGGGAUCAGAAGAGCACAAGAGUUGGCUAGGGAGAAAGCUGAUGAGGCUUUGAAGAAUUUGCAGUGCUUGCCUCAGAGUGGCUUCAGGUCGGCUCUAGAAGAAAUGGUAAUGUUUAAUCUCGAAAGAAUCGAUUAGUUAGAAGACAUGAUGAUUAUUAAUAGUACAGUAAAGCAAUACAGAGGGAGAUUUGUGUACACAUGAAAAAAAAAAUAGUAUUGGGCUGCAAUGCAGAGAUUGUGUUGGCAUCAAUUGUUACUUGAAUUUCAAAAAGUAGAAACACAUUUGAAUCCAAGGAAACUCUUAUUCUUCCUUCU